AUUGGAGACGUUGAAAUCCUCUCGUCAGACGACGAGAAUUUGGAUGAGUACGUAAAAGGCCCAGACGAGCUCGUCAUGCUACCACGUGUAAACGUUUCGGAUCAAAUGGAAGUACUGCUUCUGGGCAGCCUUGGUGCAAACGUGCCGGUGCGUGAUGAUGAUUCACGUCCCGCUCGGGACAAGACAAAGGAAACUUUUGCACACAAGGCAGCUUACAAGGUAUUAGGACGUCAGGAGAAGGAGCGACGAAGUAAGAGUAGAAAGUUGAAUUAA